AUGAAAAAUUAGCUGAAAUAAAUUAUAAAGCUUUAAUUAACUAAUUAAUCAGGAAGUUAGGAAUACUUGAAAAAAAAUAUUUUGAUGACCUAUCUUUCAUUCACUAUAAACUUACUUUAAUUUUUAUAAAUUGCAACUUAAUUACGUAAGUAAAAAAUUAAGUAAAUAACUAAAUAAGUAAGUUUAGUUUAAUUUACCAAGUUCAUCCACUUCUUCUCAUAAAUACAAUUCAAUAAACUAAUAAAUAUAAUAAAUUAACCCAUCCAUCCACUCUCCCUUUUAUAAUAAAACUCCAAACUUUUUCAAUAGCUAAACUGUAUAAAAACUUGA